AUGGGACGAUCGGAGGACAGGCAUGAGUCGAGACCAGGGUGGCCGGAGGUCUGGCAAGCGGAUGGCGUGCACCAAAAGGAGAUGGAGGGCGGACAUGAUCCAUUCACCACAACGAGGCGGCAACGGCGUCGAGUCGGAAGCAAGGAAGUGGUCUCGGGGGGAGGCUGGCGGCAUCAAAACGCCAGGGCGGACCCCAACGACUUGCCUGUCGUGGCCAACAUGAACAUCGUCGUGCUGCUGCUGCUGCUGCUGCUGCUGCUGCUGCUGCUGCUUCCUCUUGUCACCCCUCAGAGUCCCCCUCCCCCAACAUGUGCAUCCAUGAGCUGGGGCAGGUCAAGGGUUAAUCUUGGCGUCGAGACUAGCAUAGCCUGGUUCCAGGGUCCAGACAGCCAGACAGUGUCUCUUUGGGGUAGCGUACUUUGUAGGAGUAGGGGUCUCGUUCGUUCUGCAUAG